GUCAUCGAUUAGAUAAAAGUUGAAAAAAGUUUUUGACAAAAGAAUUCGAUUUUGUUUUUAUUAUUAUUUCAUUAAUUCUUUUGUUUGUUUUAAAUGAUUGUCUGACAAAAACUGAGACCAAUUGACGGAACCAUUUGGUGAUCAAUCGAUUCAGUGGUCAUUCAUUUAAGAGAAGAUAAUUUACAAGUCUUAUUAGUGACAAUCAGUGGUUUGUAAGAUGAAACCCGACUCUGAAUUUGUCUGUGAAAUAGACAAUUGUGGCAAACGAUUCCAAAGACCAGAUAGUCUGCGAAGUCAUGCGAUACCAUAAGUGUGGGUUCAGUGUUCGCAAACUGACGACCGCUGACCACUGUUCGGACACUCGUCUCAGUCAAUACUGGGGUCCGGCGCCCAGUAAUGACAGCGGUUGCAGUCGACGACAGUGUCUCAUUUGCGGCUACAUUGGACUGCCGUAUGACGUGAAGCGUCACAUUCAUAAUGUUCAUUAUUGUCGCCAUUGGAUCAAUGCUGGCCAUAAAGUAGCCGGUGAUCAAUCUCAACCACCUUUGAGUACACAGUCAAGAGUGGCAAAAAAGUCGGCAGUGACCACACAGUCGGCAAUGGCCACCAAAAAAGUUCGUAUAGUUGACGUGAAAAAUGUCGUACUAAAGAUGGCCGAAUGCAAUGGUGAAUCUCAAUUACCCCGAAUUACACAGUCAACAGUUGUGGCCAAAAAGUCAGAAGUGGCCACACAAUCGAUUGUGACGACACCGUCAGAAUUAACCACACAUUCAUCAGUGUCUACCAAAAAGGUCCGUAUAGUCGACGUAAAAGAUGUUAUCCAAAAGGUAAACGAAAGCAAUGGCCAGUCGAGCGGUGAACAGUCAUCCAUGACUUGUAUGAAUAAGACCGAUAGGUCUUUGGAUUUUAUCUGCAAUCUUAAUGAUUGUAACAAAUCAUUCGUCACAAAGAAGUCACUCCGUGAACACCAAUUGGACCAUUUGUGUGGUUUUCGUCUCAUAAAUCUCGAAGUGGACAAUCCGUGUUCAGAAGACAAUCUGAAUAAAUGGUGGAAUAAAUUGGAUAACAAAAAGUAUUCCUGUCUUUGGCCUAAUUGUCAAUCUUCGGCAACUUUUACAAACAUUCGAAGACAUGUCCACAAUAGUCACGUUUGUCCCUAUCGUAAGGGUAGAGAUAAGGCCGCCAAUGCUAAGAGUGAAUUGACUCUUAUGAAUACAGAAUCAAUUGGACAGUCAAAUGUCAAAAUUGUUAACAAAUCAAUGGAUAAUAAGAAAAAUUUUGGUCAAAAGUCACAAAAUAAAGGAAAAAUUGUAUCUUUUAAAGACAAUUAUUAUGAAUCAAAAGUUAUUGAUAUUAAACAAUUGCAAAAAAAACUAAAGGCUAAACAAAAACUAAACAAUGAAUUUAAUUCAUUUAACAAAUCAAAGAUACCAUUGAUGACAACAUUGAAGAGAAAGAAGGAAAUGAGAUCAAGAUUUGAUUUUACAUUUCCACCAGAAUUGAUGACAAAGAUUAUGGCCAAUGAAAAGGCAAAGAAAAUUUAUGAAGAGAUUAAAGAUAGAGAUGACGACCCCUUGUUUGAUGCACUCACUCAACAACAUCUCAAUGAAUCAAUGAAACGCAAGUCACAAAUUGCCGACAAUUUUAUGGAACCAAUUAAUAGCCGAAAAAUGGCGAAAAAGAUAUCUUUCGGACCAACCAUUUCGGCGCCUAAUUAUAAUAUGAGGAAAAUAUUCACUUUGAAUAACCAUUCAGUGUCUGAUGACAUGUAAUAUAAAGAUAAAAACUAUUAUUUUAUUUAAUA